ACCCCAACCCAGCCUGGCUCCUCCUCUCAGCCAGCACAGAGCUGUAACAGCAAGGCGGUGGCCACACCGAGAGACAGCGUAGUCCUGGUCCACAGACCCAGCACCCAUGCUGCGAACAGCUUUCUGUGCUGUGGCAAGACGGGGUCCCCACAAAGCCCCCCCAGGAGCCCCACACCUCCGGCGCAGACUCGGCCCCAUCUCAGCAUUUGCAUCCUCGGUCGACUCCCGGAUCACCCGGUUUUGCGUGGAGAAAACAGACCUAAAGGACUAUGCCCUUCCCAAUGCCAGCUGGUGCCCCGACAUGCUGAGCCUCUAUCACGAGUAUCUGGAGAAGACCAAGACUGAGAAUUGGGUCAAGCUGCCCUCCUUCAAAUCCAACAGAGAUCACAUCCAGGGACUCAAGCUCCCUAUUGGGUUUGAGUCCCCACUUUCCUCAGCCCAAGGUGAAUAUCGCAUCCACACCAGAGGCAUCCAGAUGGAAGGGCAAGGCUAUGAAUACGUCAUCUUUCUCCAGCCCUCCAAGAAGAAGUCAGUCUGUCUUUUCCAGCCAGGCCCCUUCCUAGAGGGAGCUCCCGGGUGUGCCCAUGGAGGUUCUCUGGCUGCUAUGAUGGAUGAGACCUUCUCUAAAACUGCCUACUUGCUUGGAGAGGGACUGUUUACACUAAGCUUCAACAUCAGGUUCAAAAACCUCGCUCCCCUAGGCUCUUUGAUCAUGCUGAACGUGGACAUAGAGAAGAUUGAAGAUCAGAAGAUGUACCUGUCCUGCAUCGCCCAGAGCAGGGACCAGCAGACAGUCUAUGCCAAGUCUUCAGGUGUGUUCCUUCAGCUGCAACUGGAAGAGGAGUAACAGUCACUGUGCCUUCAGUCGAACCACUGCUGCCCCACCACCCACCUAACCUGGGACCCACUGUCCAGCAGGGAAGGGCCCCUGAAAACAAGUGUGGGGAGGACAUUGUUUUCGAAUAAAGAUCCUGCUGUAGGUGAAA